CAAAUUAAUUAAAUAUUGAGUGUUUAUUGUAAACUUUGAUAAAGGUUUAUGUAAAGUAAUCUAUUUCUACUAUAUUAAUGUUAAUGAUUUUUAUUUUAAGUUAUAGUAAACAAUAUUAUUAUGAAUACAAAAUUUUGUGGUGUAUGUGGUGACCAAUCAUCAGGCCUUAACUUCGGUGUCAUGACCUGUGAAUCGUGCCGAACCUUCUUUAGGAGGAGUGCCACCAGAGCUCAGGAAUAUGUGUGCUUUUUCAAUAACAAAUGUAUGGUAAACCAAUUGACACGAAAAUUCUGUAAAAAGUGUAGAAUCGAGAAAUGCUUUGCAAUGGGAAUGAGAAAAGAAAACAAAAGACAAAGCAAAACAACAACUAUUGAUUGUUAUUCAACUGAUAUUACGGAUAGUAGUUAUUCAAAUCAAUCCACAAUUUUAAGUACAUUUAACAGCAAUCAGACUGAAGUUGAUCCGAUGGCUUCUGUAAUAAGAAAUAUUAUAUUUAAUUUCAAUGAGUUGGAGGCAAAUAGAUUGAGACAUUUAUUCACAUCAACCGCUUAUAUGAGAGAUCCAGUCGUGAAGAAAACAUCAAAAGCCGACACAUAUACCGAUGCUUUCAAUGUACUGCAAACGCGAUCAGACAUCAAAUGCCAAAAAAUUAUACAAAUGUGUAAAACUAUGGCUCAAUUCAAAGAGUUGUGUGAAGACGACAAAAUCAUUUUACUGAAGGCCUCGUGUCCUGAGAUUAUUUGCUUGUUUUCUGUGACCACCUUUAAUUUUGAGGGUGAGUUCUGGACGGUUGCCAUUGACUCCGAGAAUGGCGUUAUGUUACCAUUAAAUGUAUUCAGGUGGGAGAACUUGAACUUCAAUGUCAUACUCAAGCAGUUUAUGAUUACAAUUAAAGGGGAAUACGAUUCCGAUAUGAAUCUCAUUGAUUUGUUAAUGGCAAUCAUACUCUUCAAUCCCAAUCGACCCAAUUUGAAACAUAAAGAGAUCAUUAAACUACAACAGAAGACUUACAUGUAUUUACUUCAACGCUAUUUGGAGUUAAAACACAACUCUAAGAGUGAAUCCGAGACCCGAUACUUGCGAUUAAUGAAUUCACUUUUGAGAUUCAUUGAUAAAAUU